AUGUCCCCCUGCCCUGUGUCCGGGGGUGAUGGCACCACCACCACCACCAUCACCCUCUUCUUCCUCCUCAUCACCACCUCCACCUCCACCACCUCCACCACCGACCCCUACACCCCCGGUCCACUCAACUCCACCCAUAUCCACAUCUCGGCGGUGGUAACAAUAGAUCUACAGGAGGAACUGGACGUGUGGGUGCCAACUGAGCCUGGAACGUUUGGGACAGUAUACUUCAUCGAUUCUUUUGGCGGGUACACACCUGGAUCGCUCUAUCAGGAGUUCGGCCACUUCCUCGCCUCGCACGGGUUCGCAUUGGUGGUCCCGUGGAGUCUGAGUCUACCCGUUAACCCAGUGGACAAGGUUCCUAUCUUCGCCUCCGUUCUCGCUUGGGCCGAAGAACACUUGGAGGAAAAACUGCACGAGAAGGGAGUGGACGAGGGAGUGCAUUUGGACCUGGAUAACCUUGUGUUAAGCGGGCACUCGGCAGGGUCUCAUGUCUUGGUGGAGUACCUCAAGGGGGGCUGCGGGAAAGUCAAGGCCCAGGUGUUUGUAUCCCCCGUGGACGGCGUGGACCCCCUUGGCUUGAUCCCGGAGUUCUGCAUCAACCCGGGGGAGUAUUUGAAUUACGGGCUACCCACCAUGCACAUUGAAGGGGGUUUCGAUUCUCUCCCAGGAUCAUCGGGAGUGGCAUGCGCCCCUCUCGAGCUAAGUAACAUUCGAUUCUACAACGCCGUGGAUCCUAAGUUAGCCGGCAAAUGGCAUCUCAACACCACGCAGUUCGGGCACGCGGAUCUCCUAGACGAUGAAGCCAUAGCGUUUGUGGAGUCCAGUAGCUUCUGCGCCUGGAAUCCGAAUCUGAGCUUAGCGGAUCACGAUGCGUAUAGAAGAUUUGUGGGCGGUUCGAUGGUGUUGUUUAUGAAUGGUCACCAACUUCUACGAUAACCCGAGUGGCCUGUGUCCUACGCCUACUUGUACGUGGUCUCCGCUGCCUACUACUACUACUACUACUGCUACUUAGAUGACUACUACUACUACUACUACUACUACUACAACUACUACUACU